CAACACAAAACCAGCGGGCCACAACCACAGCCAGAUCAGCAAAGCACUCCUGCAGAAAGAUUCCACAAAGAGCAAAACACAAGGUUCUCCUUAUUUUUUGGAAACCUUCCUUUCCCAACUACUCUGGUUCGGAUUUCCCACAAAAUUUUCUUCAACAAUUGCUCCUCUGUUUUUGGAUGACCUGACGUAUGACAAAUUUUAGUAGCAGAGGAUGUUAACUCGAUGAAUAGUGCGAGGAACAUGGAGAGGGAUGGUAGUUGAGGGGUACGAGUACUCUUCUCUUUACUUUUUAGUAAUUCCCGCCACUCUUAACGGCUAGCUUCCAAUAGCCAAUAGCCUAUAGCCCAAGAGCCAAGAGGCAUAUGUCAAACCCUUCGUUCUGCUCUUGAUAAAUGCUGCUACUCUUUUUUGUUCAAGGCCCUUGAGUACACAUAGAUGCAAUAACAUUCGUACCCAAAUACAUGGAAAUGGAACGCCAUUUGUUAAAUCUACUUCACUCGACCCUGCACAUAAAACAAAUCAAGCAGGUUCACGCCCUGAUUGUCAUAAAUUAUCCUACUCUUACUACAGAUUUCGUUAAGAGUUUACUUCGUUCGUCUAUUGUUGUCUAUGCUCGCAACGUGUUUGAUAAGAUUCCUCACCCAAAUCAGGUUCUUUAUAAUUUCCUUAUUUCAACAUACUCCAAGCUUUCAUUGAACAAAAACGCUUUAGAAGCGUUUGUUUUGAUGCAUGGUAGUGGCACCCGGGUGGUAGGUUCCACAGUUGCACCCGUUAUGAAGUCGUGCACUUCUUUGUUGGCUGUUGAAUUAGCGAAAGAAAUUCAUUCAUUGGUCGUAAAAUGUGGGUUCAGUUCGGAUGUUUUUGUUCAGACUCCUUUGAUGGAUUUUUAUGCUAAAACGUGUGAUAUAGAAUCAGCAAAGAAAGUUUUUGAUGGGAUUUUUAUGAAGGAUCCGAUCUGUUAUAAUUGUUUGAUUUCCGGGUAUUCCAAGUCUGGUGAUGUUAUAGCAGCACGGCGGCUGUUUGAUGAGAUGUCCGAGAGAACUGUUGUUUCGUGGAAUUCUAUGAUUUCUUGCUAUGCAAACAAUGGGUAUUAUCAUGAGGGUUUGAGUAUUUUCGAGAGGAUGCGGGCUGAGGAAUGUAGCCCCAAUGAAAUCAGUGUAACCACUGUGCUCUCUAUAUGUGCUAAGCUUAGGGAUUUGGAAACGGGGUUGAGAGUUAAAAAGUUUAUUGACGAGAACAAUUUUCAUUUGAAUAUGAUAGUAUCUACUGCAUUGUUGGAAAUGUAUGUGAAAUGUGGGGCUAUUGAAGAUGCACGUCUUGAGUUUGACUGCAUGGACAGAAGAGAUGUUGUUACAUGGAGUGCCAUGAUUGCUGGUUAUGCCCAAAAUGGGAAACCGAGUGAGGCCUUGGAGCUCUUUGAACGCAUGAAAAAUGAACCAAUUGAACCUAAUGAUGUUGCACUUGUUAGUGUUCUAUCUGCUUGCUCUCAAUUGGGCUCAGUGGGAGCUGGUGAGCGCAUUGGCAACUAUGUAGAGAGUCGAGGUUUUAUCUUCAAUGUUUAUGUGGCCUCUGCACUAUUGGAUAUGUACUCCAAGUGCGGGAAUAUUAGUAAAGCUCGUCAAAUAUUCAAUAAGAUGCCUCACAAAGAUGUUGUUACUUGGAAUUCAUUGAUUGCAGGUCUAGCAGCCAAUGGUUUUGCAGAGGAUGCGAUUAAUCUUUAUGAGAAAAUGAAAGAAAUGAGAGUUAGACCAGAUGAUAUAACAUUCGUGGGGGUAUUGACUGCUUGCACCCAUGCAGGCCUUAUUGAAUUGGGGCUUGAGUUUUUCAGAAGCAUGAAAUUGGAUUAUGAUAUUACACCAACUAUAGAACAUUAUGCUUGUAUUGUUGACCUCUUUUGUAGAUCUGGGAGACUGAAAGCGGCCCAUGAGUUCAUAUGUAUAAUGGAAGUGGAGCCUAAUGUUGUGAUAUGGGGCACCUUACUCAGUGCUUCUAGAAUCCAUUCAAAUGCAGAGCUUGCAGAGCUCUCAGUCAAGAAGUUACUAGAGCUCGAGCCUGAGAACUCUGGGAACUAUGUCCUUCUUUCGAACAUAUAUGCAAGUGCAGGCAGAUGGCAAGAAUCCUUGAGGGUGCGGAAUUUGAUGAAAAUUAACAGAGUGCAGAAAACCACUGCGUGUAGUUGGAUAGAAAUGGAUAAUAAAGUGCAUAAGUUUUUAGUUGGCGACACAUCCCAUGCUAGAUCUAAUGAAGUUUAUCACAUUGUUGAUGGGCUGGCAAUGCAGUUGACUUCGGCAAGUUAUAAUUUAAAUUCUGACUUAGAAUUUUGAUGAUGUUCAUAGUAGAAACCAGUAAAUGCCUGCUAACACAGUUGGAGAAGUAUGGUGGAGCUUAGUACCACAGACCUCAGUUUAAAUCUCAGCUUGGGGUUGGAGAUCCUUCUCUCUUGCUUGUGGUCCAAACAAAAGAAAAGAUGUCCGGGAAAAGUUACGAAACAACCUCAUGGAAACAAGUCUUCAUUUGCAAAGCAGAAUCACCUUUUCUAAUUUUGGGCUGAUUUGGCGUGGUGGCUUCAGAUUAGAUGGUUUCUACAAAUUUUACAAUGCAUGCGAAAGCAAUGGAUUACUCCAUCAUCUAAUUAGGGCAAAUUUUUGUUUGUUUGUUAAUAUUAUAUCUAUGUUUUUCGCAAAUGUCAAUGGUAGAACUUGCAUACUGGUAUAGAAAUAUUUACUGGAACUCAGUUAUUUCACAUCCAAAGUUGAGCUAUUCCUGAUUGUUUGGUGAAAUAUUAUUUUACUACUUAAAUUUUAUUUGGCAUGUCGCAACAAACUUGACCUGUUCCCCACUUAAGCCAUCACAUGAUAUACAGCAUGAUAUGCAGCAUGAUAUUGGAUGUGAUAAUAUAUGACGUGUCAAUCCACUGAGUGUAUGAAAUGAUUAUUUCCCUCUGUUUGCUUCUAUAGUAAUAUGCUUCAGAAGCAAGCAAUCAGUUCUAUAUUCAUAUUUAUGUGACUGAUGUUUUCUCAGAAACUGUUAGAUUUUGGCUAACAUCUCACUGCACCUACUUAUGGAUUGGAUGGUCCGAAUUUCCCCCUCCCCCACCAAAAAAAAAUAAGCUCUUUCCAAGAGACUACUUAUUUUUGUAUUGUUUGAUCAUGGAGAUCGCGGAGUGUUCAACUUUUUAUAGAUUUCAUUUUUUAUUUGUCUAGGAGAUUUUUAUAAUCUUAGUUCAAAGGUGAUAAUAAUUCAUGCAACAUCAAUAGAUUUGUUGAAUAUAAGAGAUCAGAAUAAUGAGUUUUUCUUCGAAAUGGCUUAGAUCCAGCUUCAAGAAACAAUUUAUGGAAUGUUGUGAAGUGCGCAAAGCAAGACCGGGCAAGCAUUCUCACCACACAUUCCAUGGAAGAGGCAGAGGUUUUGUGUGAUCGAUUAGGAAUUUUUGUAGAUGGCAGCUUGCAAUGCAUAGGAAAUCCUAAAGAGCUUAUAGGUAGAUAUGGAGGAUCUUAUGUGUUUACAAUGACAACAUCUUCGGAUCAUGAGGAAGAUGUAGAGAAGAUGGUGAGGCAUCUCUCCCCAAAUGCUAACAAGAUAUACCUCCUAUCUGGAACUCAGAAGCUUGAGCUUUCUAAACAUGAGAUCAGAAUUGCUGAUGUAUUCCAUGCAGUGGAGAAUGCAAAAAGCAGGUUCAUAGUAUUUGCAUCAUAGGGUCUGGCUGACACCACAUUGGAGGAUGUUUUCAUUAAGGUUGCCCGUGGGGUGCAGGCAUUCAACGUGUUGUCGUGACCAUCCGAUUUGUUGAUCAAUAAUUUCAUGUUACUUGGAUCUCAGAAUUGGUAUAGUAGGCUUCCUCUAUGGAUUGGCAUGCAGCUGAAUCUGAUCAUGUCGUUGUUACCAUCUCAUCGUGUAUUUGUUUUUCUAUUCUCCUUUUCUCCUGGGGAACUUUGUUUAGAUAUUUGUAUACAUACAUUCUUUAUAGAAAGUAAUCAAAGUCGUAGCAAAUAUGUUUUUUUUU